CCGAAACAUCUACAGCUCUCUCUCUCUCUCUCACACACACACAAGCAGAUCAAGGGAUCAAAAUAUGGGUUCAGUCUCGGGCGCCCUCCUGGCGGUGCUCGUCUCGACGCUGCUGAUCAGGGUGCUGUUCCUUCUGGUGUGGAAGCCCUUCACCGUUGCCAGGUGGUUCAGGGGCCAGGGCGUCGGCGGCCCGGGCUACAGGUUCUUCGUCGGCUCCGUGCCGGAGAUCAGGCGGAUGAAGGCCGCCGGGAGCGAGGUCGUCCUCGACGCCGGCUCCCACGACUUCAUCCCCAUCGUGCAGCCGCAGUUCCGCAAAUGGGUCGCCGAUUAUGGGAAGACAUUCCUGUACUGGUUCGGGGCCGUGCCGACCGUCUGCGUCGCCGACGUCGACCUGGUGAAGCAGGUGCUUGCGGAGAGGACGGGCCUGUUCCCCAAGAACUACCUCAACGCCAACCUGGAGGCGCUCCUGGGCAAGGGCCUCGUCCUCGUCAACGGCGAAGACUGGAAGCGCCACCGCAAGGUGGUGCACCCGGCCUUCAAUCUCGAGAAGCUCAAGGCGAUGUCCGUGGUCAUGGCGGACUUGGCGGAGCGGAUGAUGCAGCAAUGGCAGUCUCAGAUACAGAAGGCCGCCAGCCAUCAGGCUGAAGUUGAACUGAGCAGCGAGUUCUCCGAGCUGACCUCGAAUGUGAUCGCGCACACGGCCUUCGGGAGCAGCUACAAGCAGGGCAAAGAGGUCUUCUCCGCGCAGAAGGAGCUCCAAGAACUGGCAUUCUCGGCAGCGCUUGAUAUCCCGAUUCCUGAUCGGUUAAGGAAACUCAAAUUCCCAUCAAGCAAGAGGAGCAUGCGAGUUCAGAAACUGGACGGGAAGGUGAGGAGCAUGCUCAUGGAGAUAAUCCAAGGACGCCUUGCUGAGAAGGAUACCAAAGGAUACGGCAACGAUCUGCUCGGGCUGAUGCUGGAGGCCCGCGCUCUGGAGCAGGAAGGGCACCAGAUGCUCACCACCCAGGAGAUCGUCGACGAGUGCAAGACCUUCUUCUUCGCGGGGCAGGACACGACCUCGCACCUCCUCACCUGGACCAUGUUCCUGCUGAGCAGGUACCCCGACUGGCAAGGGAAGCUAAGGGAGGAGGUGCUGAGAGAGUGCGGCGAUGCAGUACCAAAUCCUGACACGGUCGCCAAGCUCAAACUGGUUAACAUGGUGCUUCUUGAGUCGCUGAGGCUCUACAGCCCGGUGGUGUUCAUAAGAAGAGCUGCCGGUUCAGACAUUCAGCUCGGCAGCAUAAGGGUGCCCAAGGGAACCCUGCUUUCGAUACCGAUCGCGUUGCUGCACCGGGACAAGGACGUCUGGGGCCAUGACGCCGACGAGUUCAACCCUGCCAGGUUCGAGCACGGCGUCUCCAAGGCCGCCGCCAACCACCCCAACGCCCUGCUGUCCUUCUCCCAGGGGCCCAGGGCCUGCAUUGGGCAGAACUUCGCGAUGCUCGAGGCGCGUAUUGGGAUCGCCAUGAUACUCCAGAAGUUCUCCUUCGAGCUCUCGCCCAAGUAUGUCCACGCGCCCAAGGAAGCCAUCACCCUGAUGCCCAGGUUCGGGCUCCCCAUGAUUCUGAGGAACCUUCACGAGUGAGAUGAACCGUAGAAAUACUGAUGCGGCCACAAAACACAUCUUUAUUUUCUAUAAGGUUUGUAUAACAAAUAAACGGGACGCUUGUGGCUGUUUUGGGUAUGUGAUGCUUUUGUAUGCCUGUACUACUUGCUUUACUCUGUAGACAUGGAGACAACCUGCAAGUAAUAAUUGUUUGCUUCCUAUCUAUAUGUAUGCCCAUUUGCUUGCAGAA